UGUGCUACGCCCUUAACCUAAGAUAUUUUAAAUUGCGGGUUACAAAUAAAAAGACCCCGUUAAGAUCCGUAGAUUCUGAUCGGAGGGAAAGGGCGGGGGCCCGAUUCGCACCGCCGAUCUCAAGUCCGCGCGGGAACCAAAGGCGGGAGGAGAGAAAGACACAGGGGAAGGGUUUCUUCCUCACCAGACCACUGGCACUGCCGUUCUCCCAGCAAUUGUGCUGCCCGGAGCUGCUGGCCAUUUGCCGCCUGAAUUCCCUCUUCUCUAACGAGAUGCUUAGCGGGGCGUGUAUGUCGUGCAUUCGACAGGUUGAAGAUCGGAUCUGAUUCAGACGCUCGCCAUAACCCGAUCCACUCGCGGUCUACAUUUUUAAACCAUGCCCUAAUCGGCCGGCCCAGAAACUUGACCCCGACACCGAGCCAAAGAAAAGAGCGGGAGAACCAGAGAGUGCCCGCAAGGUUGCGGGUGCGGCAGUUGCUUGUAUCUGUGAGCCCUGUGUCUCUCCUUUCUCGUUCCCCCCCGCAGCGCAAACGCGAAAGUCCGGGCAUCGGUAAGUACGUAGUUCGCUUCCUCAGGUGGUUCAGAAGCAGGGAAUAGAAGGAAGAGAAAAUGAGGAAGAAGGUCGACGAGCGGAUUCGGACCCUAAUAGAGAACGGCGUGAAGAAAUGCCAUCGCUCCAUGUUCGUCAUCGUGGGCGACAAGCACCAUUACCAAAUCGUCAAUCUUCACCAUAUGAUGCGUCAGGCGACGGUGAAGCCAAUGACCUCAGUUCUUUGGUGCUACAAGAAAAACCUCCAACUUAGUAGUCAUCAGAAAAAGCGCAUGAAACAGAUUAAAAAAAUGCGACAGCGUGGGCUGCUGGAUGUUGAGAAGGAGGACUCCUACCUAUUGUUUCUUGACAGUGAGAAGAUACGGUAUUGUUAUUAUUCUGAGACUGAAAAUAUUCUUGGAGGUACCUAUGGCAUGUGCGUCUUACAGGAUUUUGAGGGAUUGACUCCAAACAUCCUUGCAAGAACAAUUGAAACUGUUGAAGGUGGAGGUUUGGUCUUGUUGCUUCUCAGUUCACUCACAUCCCUUACCAGUCUCUAUACGAUGGUUAUGGAUGUACAUAAGAGGUUCCGCACUGAGGCCCACCCAUGUGCCGCAUCACGCUUCAAUGAACGAUUCCUUCUAUCUCUUGCUUUGUGUGAAGCAUGCAUUGUUAUGGAUGAUGAGUUGAAUAUUUUACCAAUUUCAUCCCAUAUGUGGUCAAUAACUCCAGUGCCUGCACUUGAGGGUCCUGGAGGCUUGUCAGAAUCAGAGUUGGAAUUGAAAAAUCUAAAAGAACAGCUCCAUGAUGACUUUCCUGUUGGACCUUUGAUAGGAAAAUGCCGUACUUUGGAUCAGGGCAAAGCUGUUAUUAGUUUCCUUGAUGCAAUUCUGGAGAAGUCCUUGCGGAUGACUGUUGCUUUAACUGCUGCUCGUGGUCGUGGCAAAUCUGCUGCUCUUGGACUUGCAAUCGCAGGGGCAGUUGCUGGCGGGUACUCAAAUAUAUUUGUCACUGCGCCUAGUCCGGAAAAUUUGAAGACUUUGUUUGAAUUUAUUUCUAAAGGAUUAGAAGCGUUGGAUUACAAGGAGCAUACUCAUUAUGAGUUGAUUCGAAAUCCGGACUACAAGAAUGCAACCACACGAGUAAAUGUUUUUAAGCAACAUAGGCAGACAAUUCAGUAUAUACAACCACAAGACCAUGAAAAGCUUUCUCAAGUUGAGCUUUUGGUUAUUGAUGAAGCUGCUGCAAUUCCUUUACCAGUUGUGACAUCUUUACUUGGGCCAUACAUGAUUUUCCUCUCAUCGACAGUCAAUGGUUAUGAAGGCACUGGUCGGUCCUUAUCUUUGAAGCUCUUCAGUAAAUUGGAAGCAGAGAAUCAUUUGCUGGCUAAGAAAGAUGACAAAUCAUUGUCUGGUUCACUUUUCAGAAAAAUAGAGCUGAAUGAAUCUAUUAGAUAUGCUGUAAAGGAUCCAAUCGAAAGCUGGCUUCAUGGGCUUCUUUGCUUGGAUGCUACUAACCAGAUCCCACGUCUAAAUAGUAGUGGAUUGCCUCCUCCAAGUGAGUGUGAUCUUUACUAUGUGAAUCGGGAUACACUUUUUUCUUACCACAAAGAAAGUGAAAUAUUUUUGCAGAGGAUGAUGGCUUUAUAUGUCUCAUCUCACUACAAAAACUCUCCAAAUGACUUGCAGUUGAUGGCAGAUGCCCCUGCUCACCAUUUGUUCGUAAUGCUUGGUAAAGUGGAUGAAUCUAAAAAUCAACUUCCUGAUAUUUUGUGUGUUAUCCAGGUAUGUCUUGAAGGUCAAAUUUCUCGAGAAUCGGUCAUUAAAAGCUUAAGUCAUGGCAGCCAACCUUCUGGAGAUCAAAUUCCUUGGAAAUUCUCUGAGCAAUUUCAAGACAAUGCUUUUCCCAGUCUUUCUGGAGCUCGAAUUGUUCGUAUUGCUGUCCAUCCAGACAUAGUUGGGUCUAGAUAUGGCUCUGCUGCUGUGGAUCUUGUAACCAGAUAUUAUGAAGGGCAGUUGACCAACAUCAGUGAAGCAGAAUGCGAUGAUCCAAAGUAUGAUGAAUUCGAGAAUGCGUCUCUUAAAGUUACAGAAGCUGCAGAAAAGGUUUCUUUGCUUGACGAAAGCAUAAAACGAAGAGCCAACCUUCCACCGUUGCUUGUGCAUGUUCAGGAGAGGCGUCCGGAGAAACUUCAUUACCUUGGCGUCUCUUUUGGCCUGACUUGGGGUCUCUAUGGUUUCUGGGCAAAAAACAAAUUUGCGCCCUUCUACAUUUCCCAGAUUCCAAAUGCUGUGACUGGUGAGCAUACCUGCAUGAUGCUUAGGCCGCUAAAUACUGAUGAUGUUGAACUAAAUGGGGCAAAUGAGUGGGGCUUCCUUGAUCCCUUUUAUCAAGAUUUCAGGCAAAGAUUUAUCCGUCUAUUAGGAUCUAGCUUCCGCUCUCUACAUCCAGCUCUUGCUCUGAGGAUUUUGGAACCCAGGGUUGGUGCCAAGAAGGAUAUACGUGCAGAGGCGAAAGAACCCACAAGCACCUCAAAUGGAGUUUUGGGGCUAGAGGCUACAACAUUGACCCCAUAUGAUAUGAAACGGCUGGAAUCUUAUACUGACAACCGUAUGGACUUUCAUUUGAUCUUGGAUCUUGUGCCUGUGCUUUCUCAUCUAUUUUUCGGUAGCAAGCUUCCAGUAGAACUGGAUUACAUUCACAAGAUUAUUUUGCUUUGCAUUGGCUUACAGAACCAGGAUUUCACUUAUGUCAAGGGAGUGCGGAUUCCUCUGCCUUGUAGAGAAGGUCAUAGGUUUGCAAAGGAGGUGCAGCUAUCCGGAGAACAAAUUACUGCAAGCAUUUUUAAGGUUAUGACCAGGAUAUACCGCUAUCUUUAUGGACUUGCAACAAAGGAGGUUGAGUCGACCCUACCUCGGCUAAGAGAGGUUGUUAUGCUUCCUGAUAGCAGAUCUGUGGAGGAUGAUCUCAAUGAUGCAGCCAAACAAGUUGUUGAGAAAAUGAACAAGGAAGAACAGGAUUAUUUGCUGAAUCCUGAUAUGCUAAAGCAGUAUGUAAUUGUCGGUCAGGAGAAUGAGAUUGAGGCAGCACUGUUGAAAGGCCAAGGGAAGAUCUCUUCUAGUGGCGUCGUGAGUGUCAAAUCCAGUAGAAGGAAGGAGGAGAAUGGGAAAGUUAAAUUUAAAAAUGGUAAAAAAAGGGAAAAUGAUAGAGGAAAAUUUAAUCCUAAAAAAAGGAAAGUGUGAGAGUUUUCCUUUGAGGAAUUUUUGUUUAGGUUUUCCCUUCAAAGAGUUUCACCUAUCACUUUUGCCUCUUGCUUCUUAUCAUUGCAAAAGGCUAGAUGCCAUGGCUGCGGCCACUUGAAAUUUUUGUAUUCAAUUUUGAAUUUUGAUGAGUUAAAAUAUGAACGAGUUUAUUCCUUGUGGAAUUUCACCCUGUAAAUACGAAAUUGCUUUUUAUAGCUGACUUCUCUGUACUUCAUACUAAGCAAAAUGUGUAAUAAGAAAGGAUCCAAACGGCUUCUAUUUGAUUAUACAAGUAGGAUUGGUUGAUUUUA